CCCCACGCAGCCCCCGCUGCGGCCGUGUGCGCGCCCCGCUCCUUGCGCUCGGCGGGGUCGGCGGCCGGCGGCCGGUAUCCCUCCGCCGGGGUCGUCACCCCUGGGUCCGCGCGAGUGUCUCCCCUCGGGGGAGGGCGGGGGGCGCGGGAGGGAGGUGGAGCCGGCGGGGGAGCGGGGCUCUGCCGGCGGCGGGGGCGAAGACCCUGCCCGGCCACCGCGUUACUGCCGGCCCGGCUCCUUUAAGAGGGGGCUGGGCUCCCGGUGACCCCGCGUGAUGUCCGCCUCUUCCUGGUUGCCAUAGACACCGCCUGCCAGCGUCCCAAAAUGGCGUCGCUGCUGCGGGAGGAGGUGUUCGAGACGCGCGGGCAGGCCCCGGCCCCCAGCAAGGACUUCUGCCAGCUGCUCGUCACCCGGCGGGAGGUAGUACGUCCCUUAUCCCUGUUGCUCUCUGUCUUGGGAAACCUCAGGAGUAAUUCUGCUUUUGUGUUACCAAAGGUAAUUUUCAGGUGGUGGAAAAUUUCGCUUAGGAAUAAAUUUCAUGAAUCAAGACCUGGGGAAAUUAAAGAAUCCCAGGAGGAUUUCUUGGAUGAUUCAUCUCUUCAUAUUCAGAUUGCUAUAGUGUUUGGUGCCAAGGUUCUGGAACAUGUCCUCAAUCUGUGCCGAGGUAACUAUGACUUCCUGGAAUGGCUUCCUGUCCCAUUGCUCCUGUACAUCAUUUCCUUUCUGGAGCUUGAAGAUAUUGCCAGGCUUUCUCAAGUUUCACGCAGAUUUGAAAUGAUAUGUAACAGUAAUGCACUAUGGGAAAAUAUUGUGGAGAACUUGUGUGACACAAUUACACCAGAAAUGAAAGAACUUGCACAGGAAAUGGGCUGGAAACAAUUCUUCUUCACAAACAGACUUCAGCUACAGCUGCAGCUCCGAAGGAGGAGGCAGAAACAAGAUGCUCAGAACAAAAAAGUAACUGAAUAAAGAUGCAUUUUUCAUUGAAGCAGUUGUUCUAAGGUGUGCAUUUGGUGUUUAUCAGGUUGGACAUACUGACUUCUUUACUAGGGAAAGCAGAUUAUUUUAAGGAUUGAAAGAGGAAAAACAAAGUAUGUCUUACUAGGAGCAACAUAUAAAUAAUACAUUUAGUAUGUUGAGCAUCCUGAAAUUGUAUUAUAGUCAGCAUCAUAACAGUUACUAGCAAUAGAAAAGGUUGUGGCUUCUUUGUACUUCUUCGUUCUGACUUCUCUAUUUUGUAUAUAUGCUGUACACGAUCCAUGUUUUAUAUCAGAUGCUAUGGCAUUGUCAUUAUUGCCUUUAUAAAAAACCAUCUAUCAUUUCUUAAUACAAAAAUUGCUGAUGAAUGCUGAGGUUUUUACUGUCCAUCAUGAUAAAUCUGCAAUGUUUAUAUGCAAAUAACAUGUAGCUGGUUCCAGAGUUUGAUGUGUGUUAAAAUGUUUUUAAAUUAAUUAUCUAAACUUCAAGCAAAUAAUAAUUUUGCCACCAAGAAGAAACUUCUUUGGUGACUGAGGGUAUAGAUCAAACGAUCAUCCUCACCUUGGACAAUCCAUCAAAAUCACAUUUGAGGCACUCUGCUAGAAUGGUAUAUGGGCAAAAUUUUUCCUUGGUUGUUGCUGAUGCAGGAACCUUUGAAAGUUAUUGACUUCCAUUGUUCAAGUUGCAUAUGUGAUAAGAUACAUUAGCUAUAUUACAAGACUGUAACAAUGGUUACUUAAGAGUGUUGUAAGAUGAAGGCAGUUGUUACUUAUAUGACUGACUUACUCCAACAAUUAGCUUCAGUAAUUAAGAGGCCAAAUAUUACUACUCUGAAAGUACAUGUUGAUUAAUAUAUCGUUUGUCAUUGACUAGACUUAAGACCUGAGUAUUAAAAACAGCGAUUGCAGUAUUUGGAUAUAAUAGUGAAAAAUUUGAAGAGUGUAUUAGGUUUACAAUUUUUUAACAUGUCAAGCUUGAAUUUUAUAAAUUGAUUGAAAACUAUGAAUACAGGGUUCUUAUAUCAUUGUUUCUUUAUAAAGCAGUAUUUUAAUUCUUAAAAGAUAUUUGCUAAUUUAGAUUAAGAGUAUUUUGUUCUACAACUAUAUACCAAUAUUCUUGAAGCAUUUGGUGAUUGUAGAUCUUUAGGUAGAAGAAACACUUAAGUAUAUUCUUUCCUCUUUGUGACUAUUUCCUGUUAGGAGAAUGACAAAUACAAAUUUCAUGAUGUGUAUAAAAUACUGUAUUCAUAAAAUUUCCAUUCUGUGUAAUAAAACACUAUGAAAUGUGA